AUGGGUAUCCCAGCUGCCUUUCGAUGGCUUUCGAACAAGUAUCCCAAGAUUAUAUCUCCUGUCGUUGAGGAUCGGCCUGUCGUCAUGGACGAUGGCACCGAGAUACCGGUCGACAUCACGCGCGCGAAUCCGAACGGCGAAGAGCUAGACAAUCUUUAUCUUGACAUGAAUGGCAUCGUUCAUCCGUGUGCACAUCCGGAGGACAAACCAGCUCCCGAGGACGAAGAGGCAAUGAUGCUUGAAAUUUUCAAAUACACUGACAGAGUGGUCAACAUGGUCAGGCCACGAAAAAUUCUCAUGAUAGCAGUUGACGGUGUUGCACCCCGAGCCAAGAUGAAUCAGCAGCGAUCGAGACGGUUCCGAUCAGCCCAGGAAGCCAAAGAAAAAGAAAACGACAAGCAAGAGCUGAUGAAACUGCUCAAACAGCAAAACGGAGGGCAUCUCGCUGCUGAGAGCACGGAAGCUAUAAUCAAGAAGGCGUUUGACAACAAUUCGAUCACACCCGGCACCCCCUUUAUGGAUAUCCUGGCAAGCAGCCUGCGCUAUUGGUGCCAGUACAAACUGAACACAGAUCCUGGCUGGGCGAAACUGAAAAUCAUCAUCUCGGACGCCACUGUACCGGGUGAGGGCGAGCACAAAAUCAUGAAUUUUGUCAGGUCCCAGAGAGCCAGCCCAGAUUACGACCCCAACACUCGACAUGUCAUUUAUGGCCUGGAUGCCGAUUUGAUUAUGCUAGGACUCGCAACUCAUGAGCCUCAUUUUCGUGUCCUCCGUGAGGAUGUGUUCUUCCAGGACGGCAAAGCACGUACCUGUAAGCUUUGCGGUCAAAGAGGGCACGAUGCGCAAAAUUGCAAAGGCGAAACGAAAGAGAAAACUGGAGAGUUUGAUGAGAAAGACAAGCCAGUGACACUGAAGCCUUUCAUUUGGCUACACGUCUCAGUGUUAAGAGAAUACUUGGCUGCCGAGCUUGCCAUCCCGGAUCUCCCGUUUCGUUUUGAUCUCGAGCGCGUCAUCGAUGACUGGAUCUUCAUGUGUUGCUUUGUUGGAAACGAUUUCCUUCCACAUUUGCCAGCAUUGGAAAUCCGUGAGCACGGCAUUGACACACUCACGACCAUUUGGAAGCGCAAUUUGCCCGCCCUGGGCGGCUAUAUCACAAAGGAUGGCCACAUUGACUUGGAACGAGCUCAGUGCAUCUUGAACGGCCUUGCGGUGCAGGAGGAUUCCAUAUUCAAGAAAAGACGAGAGCAAGAAGAGCGCCGUGAAGCGAGUGCCAAACGUCGCAAACUUCAAAACAACGGCGGAAACGGACGGGGAAGCCGCAAUGGUGGACAGAGCUUCAGAAGCGGGCACGAAGACCCUUCACGUGGGCUUGCUCUUCAUCCAAUUGGAUCAAUGCCAACAGCACCCUUGAAAGCAAUCACUCACGAUAUGAUUGUCAAUCGAACAAGCGCGAACGACGCAAAUGUUGCCAACAAAAGCGCGGCGAGUGUCCUCAAAGAGCGCUUAAAGGCAAGCCAAGGAGCCCCGGGCUCUGAAUCAAAAGUGAAUGAUACGGAAGAAGGCACGCCACAGCCGGCAUUGGGAAAACGCAAAAUCUCGGCUGUCGAAGGAACUAACGAUUCGACUCCCAAUGAUACACAAGGCACAACCACUCCAGCUGGUAACCCUGAGGCUCCCACAGACCCGGUCAGGCUAUGGGAGGAUGGAUACGCGGAUCGGUACUAUCAGCUCAAAUUUCACAGAGAUCCUAGCGACAUAGCGUUUCGCAAGAAAGUUGCCCACGCAUAUGUGGAGGGGUUGGCAUGGGUUUUGCAGUAUUACUUUCAAGGCUGCCCUUCGUGGGAGUGGUAUUAUCCAUAUCACUACGCCCCAUUCGCAGCUGAUUUCCAAGAAAUAUCAGGGGCCAAUGUCACAUUCGAGAAAGGCACCAUCUCCCGGCCAUUCGAACAGCUCAUGAGCGUUCUUCCAGCCGCUUCGCGCGAUAACUUGCCGGAAGUAUUUCACAGCCUGAUGACUGACCAGGACAGUGAUAUUAUUGACUUCUACCCAGAGGAGUUUGAAGUUGACUUGAACGGGAAGAAGAUGGCAUGGCAAGGUGUUGCACUACUACCAUUUAUUGAGAUGGACCGCCUCCUGGCAGCUGUGCAAAAAAAAUAUCCACUUCUUAGCGACGAGGACAAGAGGCGCAAUGGUGUCGGAAGGGACGUCUUGCUGCUGUCGGAUAGCCAUGAAAGCAUUUACGACGAAAUCUUGACGAACUUCUACUCGAAAAAGCAAGGCUCUGCGCAGUUCAAACUCAAUCCAAAGACGAGCGACGGGCUCUCUGGAUAUGUUGAGAAGCAAGACGAGUAUGUGCCACACGGUACUCUUCACUAUCCCCUCGAACGCAAGUCUAUGCCGGAUGUGGACUAUGACCGGUCGGUGAGUGUUAAUUACGACAUGCCAAAAAUGACCCACGAUCAUAAGUCAAUGCUCUUACGUGGAGUAAAAAUGCCCACUCCUGCACUCACACGAAGUGAUAUCGAAAUCUUGAGAGGGAAGGUAUCAAGAGGCGGAUAUGGCGGUGGCAAUCGCGGAGGUCGCUACGAUCCUGGUGGUCAUCACCAGUUCAGACAGAACGGAAGGGGCCGGGGGCAAGACUUUGGCCAUGGCCGUCCGCAGUCGAACUAUCAUGGACACUAUUCGGGUCCUUCACAGCAUCAACACUUUCAAGGUCAGGGUAGCGGAUGGCAGCCCCCCCAUCCUGGGUCGUCAGGAUUUGGAAGAGGUGGUCCUCCACCACCGCAUUCAGCACAUUAUCAACAAGGUUGGGGUUCCCAGGGCUCCAAUGGCGGUGGCUACAACAACGGUCCUAGGCAAAGCUACCCGCCGCCAAGGGGUCAGUAUUACCGUGGUGGAUGGAAUGGGCACCGGUAA